GAAGUGUGUCGCUGAAAACGCAAGAACCUCAUCACGACCGGAAUCGAGGAAAAGUGGUUUCUGUGCAAUUUUGUAAGCUCUGCCCGGGGCUCAUUCCUGAUUUGGCAUUCGUUUCUGCUUCGACAUGGUAGAAUGUCUCCAAAGCAAGAGCUUCAUACUGAAAGCGCUUCUAAUCUUAGCGUUUUCUGCAGUAAGCUAUGAAAGGGAAAUCAAUAUCGCGUUUGAACAAGCGGAGGUGGACGUUCAUGCGCGCUUUGGCGUGCUUGUGCUCUCGGACGGUAGCAGCCAAGAAAAUGAAAUUUCCCCGGAGUUACAUUCGCCACCCACCCACGGCCGCUUCAAAAGAGCGGAUGAAGAGGACGGAGCAGGAAUCGAGGAACACCACGGCACCAUCGGACAUGACGAUGCAAUCGGUCACACCGGACACGAGGAGUUCUCCAUUCAAGAGACACCCAUAGUAGUCACCUACGAAGCAGACGCCGGUGAGACGGGAGUCCCAGAAACGGCUGUUACCUACGAAACGGACAGUGGCAUCGCAGAAGGAGGAGGAGGAGGUGCUGGUGGUGGUGUAACGUCCAUCGGCCACGGCAGCAGGCGCUACCUGACACCGACGUCUGGCAGCGGCGGAAAUGUUCGUCUAGGACGCAUUGUGUACGGCGGCGGUGGCUUGCGACCGGGCUACGGCAUGAUGGGAACACAAUUAGGGACUGGGGGUCUAAGUGGCGGCCGUCUUGCGUACGGCCUUCAACCGGCACUGGCGACGAGUGGUCUAGCGUUACAAGGAGCACCAGCGAUGGGCAUGUACGGAACUCAGCUCGGACUGCGAGGCACAAGACUCGGUUUGGGUGGGAGUCGACUCGGUCUCUUAGGCACCGGUGGUGGCAGCGGGAUAGGCUUGCAACAGGGCCUAGGCUAUGGCCUAAUGCAGCAGAGAAUGCCUGCCUUGUCUACAAUGGGCACUCGGUUUAUUGGUUCACCAGGAGUAUUCUACACUGGUGGCGCUAGAGGAGGAGGCUACGGAGGUAGUUUAGGAUUAGCUCCCAUGUACCAAGGUGGAUACAGGUUGGGCGGCGGUCAGCUGGGAACUAUGGCCCUCAGAAAUGGUUAUGGAGGUGGCCUCAGCGGUGCAAGGCUGACAAUGCCGAAUGUUGGGGGCUAUGGCAUUCGUAAUGGGAUGGGUCUGAGUGGUCUGGGUGGGCUAGGGGGAGUCCGUAGGGUCGGUGGUGGUUCACUUGGUCUUGGGAAUGGCAUGAGUGGCUCUUUAGGUAACCUAGGUAGCGGUGUCGGAUACAGACGCAUCGGCCUAGGGGGAACAGGAGGAGGGAGUGGUAUGUCCCUGGGUGGGAUAAGAAGCGGCUCUCUUGGUAUGAAUAUGGGCGGGGCCAGAGGAUCAAUUGGUGGUGGUGGACUGAGAGGGGCGUCGAUCGGUCUUGGAAACGGUGGACAUGGCUCCAGUGGCUCUCUUGGCAUGAGCGGUGCAUCUCUUGGAGGUGGCAUGGGCGGAAUGGGAUCUGGCAGAAGCAUGGGAGGAAGUCUGUCCGGAGGAUCUCGUGGUGGGUCUUUAGGGCUGAAUGGAGGCAGUCUGGGAAGUGGAGGUGGCCUUGGAAUGGGUGUCAGAGGUGGUUCCGGUGGCGCAAUGGGAGCCAGCAGUGGGCUCGGAUCUGGUGGUCUCGGUGUUGGAAUGAGAGGUGGCGGUGGUAGAGGGGCUCUCGGUGGCGGCCUUGGGGGAGGCUCGCUUGCAGGUAGUGCUGGAGUUGGCACUGGUGGAGGAGGACUAGGUUUGAAAGGCGGCUCUUUACGCAUGGGCGGAGGUGGUGGUUCUGGUGGUCUUGGAGUUAGAAUGAAAGGUGGUUCUGGAGGAUCGCUUGGCAGUGGACUCAGGGGCGGUUCACUGGGACUAGGUGGUAGUGGUAACUCUGGUGGCUUGGGAAUGGGCCUCAAGGGUGGUUCGGGAGGGGGACUAAGUAGUGGUCUUAGUGGAGGCAGCGUGGGAUUGAGUGGAGGUACAGGUGGCCUAGGUCAUGGAGGCUCACUUGGCGUGGGACUUAAAGGCGGUGGUCUAAGUGCACAUGGCGGUGGCCUUAACAUGGGUGGCGGCUCUGGUAUCGGGCUAAAAGGAGGCUCAUCGCUCGCCGGUGGAUUAAAAGGGGUCUCUUUGGGUGGUAGAACUGGCAUUGGAGGUGGUGGGCUUUCAGGUGGUCUCAGUGGUUUAGGUAAGGGUGGAGGCGCAGGACUAGGAUUGAAAGGUGGCUCGGGCAUUGGGCUGAAGAACGGUGCAUCUCUAGCCGCUGGUUUGAAAGGAGGGUCUUUAGGUGGUAGCUUAGGUGGCGGCCAUGGUGGCCUAAGUGUGAAAGAAGGUGGCGGAUUGGGCGCUGGCUUGAGUGCUGGUGGCGGUGGCUCUGGACUGGGUCUUAAAAGCGGCACUGUGGGUGCGGGUGUAGGUGGCGGGAACACUGGUUUAGGAGGAGCUGCAUCUGGUGGCCUCGGCAUCAAAGAAGGUGGCAGGUUAGGUGGUGGGCUCGGCGCUGGCACCAGUGGAGGUCUUGGGGCGAAGGUUGGUGGUUUAGGUGCAAGUGGUACUUCAGGCGGUGCCAAUGGCGGGUUAGGCGUUGGCGGUAGUGCCGGUCACUAAAUUACGGUAACUCGUAAUAAAUGGACAGCAAAGCCCCGUAUUCACAGAAAGCUAUUAGGCUAGGAUUGUUAAUAAGUGAAAACUUCCUCCGAAUCCAGAUGUUCGACUUAUCGUUAUUGUAGGCGGCCAGUGAAUAAAAAGAGAAAGACACGUGUUGUGAAUUCGGCUCAAAGUGUGUUCCUUUCGUCUUACUGAGCAGCCCCCCCCCCCCCCCAUGGGAUUUCACUACGCAAUCUGGAAACCAACAACGUAACCUAAGAGGGCUUUGGCCAGCAAGGAAAGCAAAGA